AUGUUGAAUCCAAAUAAUAUAAUUGCCAUUACAUUAGCACCGACAUCUACAAUACUAGCUAAAAGAGAUGAUGAAACUUCAACAAGUAUGCCUAGGAAUAACAUGCCAACUUUGAGUGAUCCAAAUGCUUAUACAACUCCUUCAAUAUCAGUUCCAGCAAAUGAUAAUAAUCCAUAUAUAGUUAGACAAUAUAAUCCAUCGGGUACAGUUUUUAUAGCUGUUGGAUCAAUUGUUGGUGCAAUAUUAUUAGGCUUUAUAUUAUAUCAUUUAAUUUUAUCAAUUGCAGCAUCAAGAUUAGCUAAAAGAGUUAGAAAUGAUGAUAAGAAAUUUUAUGAAAAAUAUCAAAAUAAUAAUCAUAGUGCUUAUGGAUUAACACCACAAUCAACAUUAUUUACAACAGAAUAUCAUAAUCACCAUUCAUCAAUUUCAAAAUUACCAUUAUUAAAUCAAACAAAAUCAUUCAUGGGAAAUUUUGGUAAUAAUGGUUCACAACACGGUGAUACAUCAACUAUAUAUCAAUCAGAAUAUGAUAAUAAUGUAGCAACAUCAAAACAUGACUUAACUAAAAUGUUUAUAUCACCAACGGCAGAAGUAAUGCAACAUAAAAGAGUUAAAUCAUAUAAUCCUUCAUUAAGUAAUAUAUCAUUAGGUAAUAUUGGAGGAGGAUCAACAUCAAAUUUGGUAAAUCCGUCACCAGCAACCAAUAGACAUUCACAAUUAGUACCUAAUUUAUAUAUAAAUAAUGAAGGAAACAAUAGUGAUUAUUCAUUAUCACAACAAUUAGGAUCAGAAGGAAGUAAUACACCACAAAUGCAACAACAGAAUAACUUAUUAAACACUACAAAGAGUAGAAGACAAUUACCAUCGAUGUAUUUAGAAGAUUUGAUUGAUAAAGAGUAA